GUUUAUACUUUUUUCACAAUAAAAUUGUUUUGGCUGCGGAUUACUUUCAAUUUUACUAGAGAAUAAGAAUGGCAGCCACACUUUCGCCUAACUUCAGUUCUCACCUAUGUAGCGUUGAAGUUUGCGAUGUCCGGUACAACAUCCGUAUUCUGAAGAUGAAAGAAUCGGUGUUCAUCUACAUCGGCGAGCAAAAUGCCGAAACCUUCGACGAACUGGCGAUGGCAAUGACAGGGCUAGGGGACGGCAAGGAAACGAUGUCUACCAGCAUUAUGGGUGCACCGGUGGGGUGUGGAUCCGAGGAACUGGCACAAAAAUUGGCGAAAAAACUAAGGAAGCAGGUCUACCUUAGUGCUAAUGUUCCCAACGAUCGGAUAGUAAGGCCAACGAUCGAGCAGAAACUGUUCGAAGAGAUAAACAAUAAUUUAGAAUGCUUUUAAAGUCUUAGAAUUGUAAUUGUUCUUUAUUGAUUUUUUGAAAUCAAUAUGUGUAUAACUCGAUCAUAAGUCAUUCAAUGCUUAACGCAAUCUUCAACACAUUCUGCCUCAAUAAUAACGCUCUCAUGGAAAG